AUGUUUAAUUCUUACUCAUAUGAAAAAUAACUUGCCUUAUCCAAAGAGAUUGACAAGAUUAAGAAGGGAUACAUGAGAGAACGAGAAGUUCGCAAAGAGUUAAAUAAUAGGUUGGCAUAGAAUUACAGGAAAAGAGUGGAAAAUUUUGUCAUCAAUAUGCUUGAGAAUCCUGUGGUUUGUGCAGAAUACAAACAGCCCGACACUCAAGCUUUUAGAUAGGAAGACCCCACUAAGAAUUUAGGAGAUCCCCAAUUUUAUGUCAAGGGUUUCAAGCAUGAGAAAGAUCGUAUCCAGGAAGCCUUGGACAGAAACAAGAAUCUUGACUUUCUUCCUAAUAGGCAAGUGGCUCAUUAUUGCUUUCGUGAAAGGGAUCCAUCCAAAGACAUAAAACGCGAUGUGUUUCGAUACAGAGAUAAAACUAGUUUAGAAAGGAUAGAACAGUUUUUGAAGGAUCACACAUAAACCUAAGUGGAGAACCAGAAAUUCAGCAAGAAGAAAGUAUUUAACAUAGAGAAUCUCUCGGAAAACAUGAGUUCGCUAGACAGGAAAGCCUAUUUAAGCAGAUUGAUUGCCAAAAAUUUACUUCCUAGUUUACAUCAAAAAACACAUUUUCAAGCUGCAUCUACUAUGUUUAAUAAUUUGCCAUUAUCUCUUAUGGACCAUGCUAGAUCGGCUCCAGUGUUGAAGUAAGCAGAACCAGAUGAAAAAAAAUCUCAACAACAAUAGAGGGAUGUUUAGAAGACUGAAGAAAUGGAAUAGAAAGACAAUAAGAUCAAGCAAGGGAAUGAAUUGGAGACCUUUAAUCCUAUUGAAACUUCUAAAUCUGUGUUGGAAAAAUGUAAUGUCAUUCGCGGUAAGAAUCCUAAAAUUAGUACAAUUCAUAAAGGAUAAGGACAUUUAAUCUCAACUUUAGACAAAUCAAUUUAGGAAAUAUAUAAGGAUAUCUAUGGAAUAGAUUUGAGUUAAGGUAAGUUUUUUUAAAAAUGA